GUAAAUGUGGCUUUAUGACAGGGGCCACAAAGGACUCUCUACCCCAGGUGGUUCAACAUACCUCAACCAAGGCAAAGAGGUUGCCACUGUCUUUGUGGAAUCUUGGAGCUGUAGCAUGCAAAGUGACAUCUGUUUUGAGGAGUCCUGGUCAGCUCUUCUGUAGGAUUCACAAAGAGACUGGAGUUGCGGGUUUCGGGUAGAAGAUCAGAGAGUUAAAGGUCAUCCUCAUCCCAUCACAUCAAAGGCUGAUGCUCUAAGUGGACAAAGGCAGGCGGUUACAUAACAGGAAAUGGCAGAAACUGAAGAUUUUCUGGUUCGGGAGCUACAUCCAGUGGAUGAUGAUAUAUUUAAAGAACCAAUGAGAAAAAGAAGACGAUCUGAUCGAGACCAGAGGUUUCGAGCAUUUCCCUCUGUGGAACAAAGCGCCCUCAAGGAAUAUGAAAAACUGGAGUCUCGGACCAGAAGAGUUUUGAGCAACACUUACCAGAAACUUAUUCAGUCCGUGUUCCUGGAUGAUAACAUCCCCAGCAGCGUCAAGUACCUCAUAAACAGGCUUCUUGCCUUGAUUGAAAAACCAUCAUUGGACCCCAUCUACAUUGGAUUAUUCGGAAGCACUGGGGCUGGGAAGAGCUCCCUGAUCAAUGCCAUCAUCCGGCAAGCCAUGUUCCUACCUGUGUCUGGAGAAAGUAUAUGUACGUCAUGUAUCGUUCAAGUGAGCUCGGGCUGCUGUGAGCAGUAUGAGGCCAAAAUCCACCUUCUCUCCGACCAGGAGUGGAAGGAGGAGCUGAAGAACCUGACAACUCUCCUGCACAGGACGGAGGGGCCGGGCGGAGAAGAGGAGGAUGCGUGGGACAGGGGCGAUGCAGCGGAGGAAGCUGUUUGGAAGCUGCAAAUGUUUUAUGGAAACGGAGCAGAAGGAAAGAGCUAUGAGGAGUUAUUAAGGGCCAAGCCCAGAGGAAAGAUUCCCACCUCCAGAGUCAUCUCCCUCAAGGCAGAAGAGGCAGGGGAGCUGUCUGUCAAGCUGGACCCCUACAUCCGGACCCAGAGGAGAGACUGGGAUGGAGGAUCCGCUGAGACACACAUCUGGCCCUUGAUCAAACUGGUGGAAGUGACCCUUCCCAAGUCAGAGCUGAUUCCAGAAGGGGUUGUGCUGGUGGACAUUCCAGGCACAGGCGACUUCAAUAGCAAGAGGGAUGAGAUGUGGAAAAAGACCAUCGAUAAGUGCUCCGUGAUCUGGGUGAUCAGUGACAUCGAAAGGAUUUCUGGAGGGAGAGCCCACGAGGACCUUCUGAAUGAGAGCAUGAAGGCCUGCCAAAGAGGGUUCUGCAGGGACCUGGCCCUGGUGGUCACCAAGAGCGACAAGCUCCACCUGCCGGAAUAUCUGAGGGAAAGAAAAGUGGGAAAUGAAGCUAUUCAAAGUCAGCGAGAAGCUGUUUUAGAAAGAAAUGAAAUGAUAAAGCUACAGAGGAAUAAAAUUCUCAAGGAUAAACUCAAGAGAAAACUGCCAGCUGACUCCAGGGUUCUGGAAGCCUCCGAGUUGGUGUACACGGUCAGCGCCCAGGAGUACUGGCAGCAGGCUGUCCUCACCGAGGAGGAAACUGAAAUCCCCAAGCUAAGAGAGUAUAUCAGGAGAAGGCUCUUGGAUAAGAAGAAGAGGACGGUGACCAAGUACGUCACUGAAGCUUUUGGCCUGUUGCUCCUCACAGACAGUUUCAGCUGCACAGACCACGUGCAGAAUGAACACUUGCACAUGAGUGGCCUGCGGAGAUUUGUGGAAGAGAAGAUACAGUUGCUGGAGAAGGCCAUUGACCAGUGUUUUGCCCACAUAGCGCGGCCCCUGCAAGAAGGAAUCUGGAACGCCAGGAGUUCCUACCGACGCAUCCUUGGGGCAUGCCUGGUGAGGAGUAGAGGAAACCAGGGCUUUCACCAGACUCUGAAAGCGGUUUGCCUGAAAAAUGGCAUCUAUGCCUCCAGGACUCUUGCGAGAAUUGAUCUGAAUGAAGCCAUCACACAGCCCAUCUACGAACAGAUUGAUCCCAUUUUUGGGCGCAUUUUUAGUAGGUCUGGGAAGCCCACUGAUGGUUCAGCUCUGAUCCCCCACAUAGAUGCUUUUAAGCUCUCUCUGCAGGAGAAGAUGACUGAAAUUGGGAUAAGAAAUGGCUGGAAAUAUGACAGCUAUAAAAAGAGUUUCCUGAUCCAGGAGAUAAGUGCCAUCCUGGGAGACCUGGAGGAACACAUCCUCAGAAAGAAGAGGAAGAUUUAUGAGUCUCUCACCACCUCUGUUCAGAACGACCUGAAGCCCUGUUAUGAAGAGGCCGCACAGAUCACGGGCAAAAAAGCAUGUGAAAGAAUGAAAGAUGUCCUCAGAAGAGGGGUGGACCGGCAGGUGGCCGAGGGCAUGUUUGAACGGGCGCAAGAAAGGAUGCAGCACCAGUUCCAGCAGCUGAAGAAUGGAAUCACGGAGAAGGUGAAGGGCAGUAUCGCUACCAUGCUGACCCUGGCUUCGUCCCCAGGGGAUGGGCUCUACAAGGAGCUUGCAGAUGUCAAAAGUGAAUACAAGGAGAUGGAGAAGCUGCACAGAAGCCUGAGAGAGGUUGCUGAGAAUGCAGUGCUGCGGAGGGGCAUGCAAAACUUCCUUCUGAGAAUGUCCCCCAGCAAAGCUGGCCCCCCGAAAACAUAAGAUUUAAUUCUUGGGGCUUAGCCCCAAGGGGAUGGAAUACCAGCCUAGAGACAAUCAGAUUUACUUGUGUUGGUUAAAAGCUAAUAAAGAACAUCACCCAACUUUGGGAACUUUAUAGGCAAUAGAAAAUCCA